CGGGUGGUUACACUCUGCACAGCACCUCACACUAUCCUGAAUGGUGAACUGGAGAAGCAAGCAGUGAAGCAAAGCAAUGACGACGACCACAACGACGUCGUCACCAACAUUUCUGUGCUCAUUCCAUUCACCCAAACCCUUGCUCCCAAAACCUUCACUCUAUCACCCUCCUCCCCAAUCGCACAAGCCAAAACUGGUUCACAACGCUUCCACCCAAUGGCUCUUGUCCUCUGCAAAACCCAUAACCGUCUUGAGAACCCACGCAGCUCGACGCACACCGACGGGGGAGGAAGAUGGCGAUGAUAAUCUCAGGAGAGUGCUCCAAACCGCGUUGUGGGGAGCAGAGGGUGUCUACAUCUUGUGGCUCUUCCUGCUUCCUUAUGCCCCUGGAGAUCCUGUAUGGGCCAUCAGUUCUGACACAGUUAACUCUCUUGUGGGACUUUCUCUUAAUUUCUUUUUCAUCUUGCCUUUCAUGAACUUUGUUGGCAUUCGUGUGAUUGAUGCCCCAGUUCUUCAUCCUAUGUCAGAAGGACUAUUCAACUUUGUGAUUGGCUGGACGUUCAUGUUUGCCCCAUUGCUUUUCACAGAUCGUAAGAAAGAUAGAUACAAGGGGUCUCUAGAUGUACUCUGGGGCCUGCAAAUGUUCCUAACGAAUUCAUUCUUGAUCCCAUACAUGGCUAUCCGAUUGAAUGAUGCUGAUGAUGGCAGUCCAUUUCCAGUCAAACGUUCACAAUUGAGCUCUGUGAUGACAAAUGGUGCUCCCCUUGUUGGACUGAUUGGUGGAGGUGCAUGUCUUGUAUCUCUAUUGUGGGCUCUUUUUGGUCGAACGGAUGCAAAUUUUGGGGGCAUAGUAGACAGGUGGGAGUACUUGGUCAGUUACCUUGGAUCAGAAAGGCUGGCUUAUGCCUUCAUAUGGGAUAUAUGCCUCUACACUAUUUUCCAGCCUUGGUUGAUUGGUGACAACCUCCAGAAUGUCCAGGAAAGCAAAGUUGUCUUAGUAAAGUAUCUUAGAUAUGUACCUGUGGUUGGCAUAAUUGUUUAUCUUCUUUACUUGGAGCCCAGAAAGGUAUAACAUGAGUGUUUGGAUGAUUAGUUGAUUCACCCCAAAAGGUAAAAAGUAUAGUGUGUUUGGACAUUGGGCGAUUAGCUUAUUCACCUCCAAAAAAGACUUGAAUUAAGCAAUUAUUGAGCCAAUCCGAGAGAAGAUAUGAAUAAUCAAUUAGAACAAGAAAUGCAUCUCAUUGUACUGGUAUGCAGAAUUUAGUACAAACAAUCUAAUCUAUGUAUCUAAUCUAUGUGUAGUUUUUAUUUUACUAUUCAUGGUAUGAUUGGAAAUGAGUGUGUUUACAUAAUGAGAAGUAUUUAUAAUUCUAUUAUGGAAUUUGUAAUUGUUAUUCAA